CCUGUGACAGGUGCCAUUGUAAUGAGGUAAUCGGUGUUGUUCACCUGUCAGUGGUUUUUAUGUUGUUGCUGAUCGGUGUAGGUGAGUUUUAAGUUGAUUUUGAGUAUUGACUUUGAUCUGGCUUGUUCUUCCUUUUUGAAUUGAUUGGUUGAUAAAGCGUUGAUACAAAGUUGCGCCGCGAUUUCCAGCCCGAUCGCGUUUGUCGCGUCUCGUCCCCCCGAGUCCCUCGCAGAGGCGGAUAGCAUAAGAGAAGAGGGUGCAAUGACUCUCCUCCACCAACCACCAACCACCCCCGCUCCCUCCCCCGUCUUCCCUCCUCCCAGGACUUUUUUUUUUCAACAAACAAAAGUGAAAGUGCCUCAAAGCGGGGUGUUUAACAUGUUCCAGAACCCGGGUCCGACCCAGGCGCAUCACCGCGGGCUGUGCGCGCGAGCACGAAUGUGUGUGUCCGCGAUUUUGAGGAUCAGUGUGUGAUUGUGCGUGUGUGUGCGUGUGACGUUUCGCACGCAUCCGCCAUGGCCAGGCUCAGAACCCGGGUUGCGACCCCAGCGCAGCCGGUGCCCCGCGUGGGUCCGCAGUCCUUGUGCGCGGCCUCGGUGGCCGUCGCCUCCACGUGCCUCGGUCUGCUGCUCGUGCAGUGGGUGCGGAUCGAGGAGCUGCGCGCGGAGCUGCGGGAGCUGAAGGUCCGAGGCGGGGGGCAGGAGGACGCGGGAACGCGCGCAGGUGAGGACGUGACUCGGACCCGGAGGGACCUGCCAGGCCACGCGCCUCGGAAACAACGCCAGCUUGGGCACCGGCGGCGCACUUUUCUGCACCUUCUCCCACUUUCCUCCCACUCUGAUGAUGAAGAGGACAAGACGCUGCUGAAAUGGACAGUGGGACAGAGUCAAGGUGAGGGACUGCAGGUUUCUGGGCACACGGUUACCGUGACGAGAGGAGGGCUUUACUUCAUCUACAGUCAGGUCCUAUAUGAGGACACCACCUUCGUCAUGGGUCAUGUGAUCAAGAAGUCUCUGGGCAACAACAAGACCAGCUUAAUGAAGUGUAUGAAGAGCAUGGCGGACAGCAUCGACCUGGCGAUGAACACGUGUUACACUGCAGGUGUGCAGAACCUGGAGUCCGGGUCUAUGCUGGAGCUCUCCAUCCCACGUAAGAAGGCGGGCGUGAUCCUUCAGCCCCACAGUACCUUUCUGGGCAUCUACAAGAUCUGACCCUGCAGGCCCUCCGCACGGGACCCAUCGCUCAGACCGAGAACUCGCGGGGAAACGCCACUGGUGGAACUUUCGACUCUGACUGCGGUGUGUCUUAAUACGAAGAAGAGAGUUUUAUAAGUAAACUGUUUGAAAUGGCAACAAUGUGUAGGGCGUGAAGAAGGACUUGGAAGAGUAAUACAGUACGUAGCAUCAUAAAGCGAUACGCGCCCGCCCUCUAGUGGUGCUUUACAGUAUGUGACGCGUAACCGCGGCCAGAGCCCGAGUGGAUCACCAGUUCUUGCUCUUCAAUUAGCUGCCACCUCUUUGUCCAGAACCACUUGCUGUUUUUUGACUAACCAGCAUGCAGCUGUUUGCCUAUUUACACGAAAGGAAACUCUGUCUGGAGUUCAGGGUAAAGACUUUGCUCAGUGGUACCAUAGCUGGAGUGGGAUUCGAACCUGGAACCUGCAGGUGUAAAGACGAUUUUAUGUGAGCCUUAUAUGAAUAUGUGCGCACUGUUUUUUUUUUUUUUUUUUAGGGGUUUUGCUUUUUGCCAGUAAUGUCCUUUUUUUUAAUACUUGCUGUGGACCCACGAUGAGACCCAAAUAAAAUCAAAUAACGCACCGAAAUGGGUGAAACAAGGAUGUGCGCAGAAAAAUAACUCUUCCGUGUCAACACGGACAGACGCUGUCCAUUUAAUUCCUAGCAUCCUCAGCGCGUCCGAACAAGCUCCGUGCUCGCACCUGUACCCGCAGGCCGAACAACCAGUGUUGCCGCGAGAGCUACAUACUGACUCCGUGCUGCGGCGAAGCGAGGCCACGUGCCAGCUGUGCACGUGGAGUCGCACGGAUCGCAGCUUGCGAGCGAACUAAUGAACGGAGUGCUUGAAAUGCCGAGUGAUGAAACAUUCGCGCGAACUGGAUGCACAAAUAGCGGAAUUAUCUGAAGUCCCAUAAAAAUAGACGUGGGAGGGGGGUUAAUUCCCAGUCUCCUGCCUGUUAAUGAUUUCUGAAAAUAGUGUGGUGAUGAUUUUUUUCUUUUUCUUUUUCUUAUGAACGGCGCUGCUUCUCAACUCCGAACGACCGCACAGGUUCUCUUAUUAAACAGAGCUGGAGGGUGAAAGUAAACCGUAGUCUGGUCGUAGUUCUCCUCUGUGUGUGCGUGCGUGCAUGCGUGCGUGCGUAUAUA